GCCCUUUUUUCGGCGGCGGCGGCGAUUGUAGUGGCGGCGGUGGUCUUCCUUCAUCCUUGAAGCUGCCUGUGAGACGGAGCCACUGAAACAGAAGUUAAAAUGUCAGCUUUGAAACACCCAGAGUAUCCUGAAGCAAAAUUGCUUCAGCUGGAAAGCAUGAUACCGUGCCGAGAAGCUCAAGCUUCUACCUUAUUGUCAAUAUUUGGAGAGCGUCAACACUUUAGCUUUCCAGCCCUUUUCAUAUAUGGACACACAUCCAGUGGAAAGACUUAUGUGGUGCAGAUCCUUCUAAAAACCUUGGAGCUUCCUCAUGUAUUCGUGAAUUGUGCUGAAUGUUUUACUUCAAAAUUACUUCUGGAAGAAAUGUUGAGACAGUUGCAAUGUCUCUUCAUCAAAGAAGAUCAUUCAUUUUUAUCCUGCGACACAUUCAACGAUUUCGUACGUUUCUUUAAAAAGGCACCUUUGACACCUGAGCUACAGAAUCAGACAAUAUAUGUUGUUUUGGAUAAAGCAGAACAACUGCGUGAGUUGGAAGGAAAUAUUCUGCCAGGUUUUCUUAGACUGCAAGAAUUGACGGAGAAGAAUGUGACUGUGGUUCUCCUUAGUGAAAUUGUAUGGGAACUUCUUCGUCCAAACACAGGAUGCCUUGAGCCUUUGCCUUUAUAUUUCCCAGAUUACAGCAUAGGACAUCUGCAGAAGAUUCUGUCCCAUGAUCAUCCUCCAGAAUAUUCGUUUGAUUUUUAUGCCGCAUAUAUCAAUAUUCUUCUUGGAGUCUUCUAUCCAGUCUGCAGGGACUUGAAGGAGCUCCAACAUCUGGCUGCACUUAAUUUUUCUAAAUAUUGUGAACCUGUGGUCCAAGGAGAGGCGAAUGAACGCGACACACGCCGACUGUGGAAAAACAUUGAAUCCCAUUUGAAGAAAGCUAUGCAGACGGUUUAUCUUCGAGAAAUAUCAAGCUCCCAAUGGGAACGAUUACAGCAAGAUAAUGGAGAACCUGGACAAGUAAAAGGACUUUCAGCCCAUGCUCAUGUAGAACUGCCCUAUUAUUCCAAGUUUCUUCUAAUAGCAGCUUAUCUAGCCUCUUACAAUCCUGCCCGGACAGAUAAAAGAUUCUUCGUUAAGCAUCAUGGGAAAAUUAGGAAAGUAAACUUUCAGAAGAAGCAUGAAAAGACCAGCAACCAUCUUCUGGGGCCGAAGCCCUUCCCAUUGGACAGAUUGCUAGCCAUCCUCUACAGCAUUGUCGACAGCCGAAUUCCUCCAACUGCAAAUAUAUUUUCCCAGAUUACUUCUCUUGUAACACUGCAACUGUUAACCUUGAUUGGCCACGACGAUCAGUUUAAUGGACCAAGAUACAAAUGCGCGGUCUCUCUGGAUUUCAUCAGAGCCAUUUCCAGGACCGUGAACUUCGACAUCACCAAGUAUUUAUAUGACUUUUUGUGAAGACCGCAUGGGCGCUGCGACGGCGGCUGAGGCGAACCCCAUUGUUGCACCCCAUCAUUCAGCCAUCCCGGAAGGAAAGUCAUUGGGCUCACUUGGAUUUGCCCAGAGCAGGUGCUGACCCAGCGUGGGAUAAGAUGAAAUCACUCUGGUUGGUCUGGAUGGAUCUGGGCAGGGAAGGCUUUACCUGAUACCCUGGCAUAUUGGGAACAAACAUGUUAAUUACAAACAGCAGGGACUACGCACAAUCUGUUCCCCUCCUAAUUAUUUUAUUUCAGCAGCAAGAUUGCCUGAAACCCAUUUGACAAAGAUGUUGUUUUGUGCUGUCCCCUGCGCUUUGAAACGUGGCGGCAGGCUUCAACGCCCAGCCUUUUCACUUCCUCUCCCUGGGAGGUGUUGCAUUUGUCUCCCACAGCAGUCCCAACCUAAAGGCGCCAUUCAGUGGAGUACCACAUACAAUAAAUACACAGUCAAUCUG